AUGAUGAUGAUGAUGAUCCUGCUUGACUUAACAAACUAUGUUUGGAUGCUGCCAUCACCCAGCAGCGUUUCCAUGGAGUCUGUUGACAUGAGACACACACUGAGGUGGCUUCCCCUGCAGCCUCACUGCAACUCCACCGUCCUCUACUCCGUCCAGUUCCAGGGGGAGUUCGAGUUGAUGUUUCUGAACGGCAGCUGGGUGGACGCUCCCGAGUGCCAGAAGAUCCGCCACACUCACUGCGACUUAACCUUUGACCUGGGCUCCGACUCCGACUACAACCUGCGCGUCCAAGGGCAAUGUAGCUCGCAGCCGUCACCCUGGACCCAACUCAGCCGACCCUUCAACCGCAGAAAGACGGUCCUGACAGUGCCAAAGAUGUCGGUGAAAGCGGUGGGCGACGCUCUUCAGGUGUCUGUUGAGAAGCUUCCUCACACCGCCGUCGUCAAGGUGAUGGUGUGGAAGAAAGGCGAAGAGCUGCAGCCUGAUGUCUACAUGACACCAGCUGAGCAGAUGCCGCUGCUUGUCGCCGCCCUGCAGGAGGGAGCUGAGUACUGCGUCAGAGCUCAGACUGUCCUGGACGCGCAGCUCCACAGCAGCAGCAGCGACCCUCUCUGUGUGUUUAUCACAGAUUCUACGUGGAAGCAGCCGAUCACUGUGGCCGUCACCGUCAUCAUCAUGGCUGGUCUCCUGUUUGCUGUGUUCUGGUCCAUCAUUCACUGCCGGCCAGACGCCUGCCAAACAUAUUUCCAAAAAGAGCCGCUACCUCACUCACUGCGAUCUAAUUGGGACGUUCAGAUCCCGAGCAGCGUUGAGGAGGAGGAGCUUUGUAAGCAGAUCCAUGUGGUUCCAGCACAUCUGGAAGACCAGAGUACUGAACUGAACAUUGUGGAUUUUGUGGAGUAA